AUGAGUGAUAACAACGGUAUUAAGAGACGGCCAAGUUCUUCAGAAGGAUUCAGACUUGAGAUAGAUGAUAAUAAUAUCACAAAUCAGAAUAAGAUCAGAAAACCUGAAACUGUGUCUACGACAGGUACAGAUUGGAAACUGAGUACUAUCCCGGGAUCUGAACCUAAUACUCCAGGAUAUGAAAUUUCCAGAGCUCCGUUGGGCUCUGUUCCAUUAGAACAACGCACUCCAGAUGACCGAAUGAACGGUGAGAAGACCCAAUACACCAACGGGUAUGGAAGUAGUAGUAAUGACAAUGCAGGCAGUAGCUCUGCUGGUGCAGAACCCAUCGGGUAUUUCGAUGAUGCAUUUUCUAAGCGUAAGACCCAGAUAACAGCCGAUCCUAACUCUAAAGUUUCUGUUGAAGAACAUGAAUUGGUUUUCACUCCUAAUGGUUUUGACGAAGAAGUCCUUGAAGUCAAAGCUCGUGAGCAACGUUACAAUGAUGAGGCUGCUGCUGAAGAGUACCAACGGUUGUACGAUGCGUCAAGGUUAAAUUGGAAGGAUCCUCCAAUGAAUAAAUUUAGAAUUAUUGCUUGUUGUAUUUGGACUUUUACUUCAGGAAUGUCAGAUGCUGCCCCAGGUGCAUUGCUUCCCAAAAUGGAGGAAUUUUAUGACAUAUCUUACUCUAUUGUAUCUAUGAUCUGGAUGAGUUGUGCUGUUGGAUACGUUGUCAUCGCUUUAUCCACGCCAUUAAUAGUUAAAGUUGUUCCAAAAACUUUCUUAAAUUCGCUUGGAGUGGCUUUCCAAAUCGUGGCGUAUGCUUUGAUCUCUUCGGGUACCGUGUUUCCAGUAAUUUGUGUUGCAUUUUACUUCAACGGUAUGGGUUUAGCUCUUGGAUUAACUCAAUUCAACGUAUUUUUGGCCAGUUUCACGAACGCUAGUACAUGUUUGGCUUUAAUGCAUGGAUUUUAUGGCGUUGGUGCCCUGAUUGCACCCUUGCUUGCUCAGUCUAUGCUUAACGUGGGAUAUAAAUGGAAUCAAUACUACUUUAUCUUACUAGGGUUAUCUAUCUUCAAUUUCUUCAACAUCUUUUGGUCUUACAAGAAUACUUCUAAGGACUUGGCUGAAUAUGAGAAAGCUGACUUGCAUAGGAUGGAAAUGGAACAAUUACAGCUUCAAAAUCAGAAAGGUGGCAGUUACAAGAAAACUUCGGAAUUCUUGGAAUCUAUCAGAGAUUAUAGAACUUGGUUACUGUGCGCUUUCGUGUUCUUUUAUCAAGGUGGGGAAGUUUCACUUGGUGGCUGGAUGGUUACCUUCCUUUUAGAGGAACGUCAUGGUAAUGCAAACAGCACAGGUUAUAUAGCAUCUGGUUAUUGGGGUGGAUUAACUCUAGGGAGAUUCUGCUUGACCACAUUAUUAUACAAGAAAUUAGGUGGUCGUCGUUCCAUUUUCCUACUAACGUUAAACAUUUCAGUAUUGUUGCUUUUGGCGUGGUUAAUACCAAACUUCUAUGUUUCUGCGGUUUGUACAACAAUAUCUGGAUUGUUUAUAGGCCCAAUCUAUCCCUUAAUGAUUGCUCUAGUGUCGCAUCCCAAGAUUCUACCAAGGAAAAUAUUAUCACAGUCGUUAUUGAUCAUGACUUCAAUGGGUUCUUCCGGUGGUGCUGUAGUUCCAUUAGUAGUUGGGCUUAUUUCUGAUCGCACAGGUACAUGGGUUCUCUUCCCUAUUGUUCUUGGGUUGUUUCAACUAAUGAUUUUGUCGUGGCUGCUACUUCCAAACGUUGAAAACACCGCAGGCAAAUCAUUCUGGAGAAAAUAUGUAUGGUGA